GAGAAGCGGUGGGGUGGCGCAGCCGCUCACCUGCGGGGCAGGGCGCGGAGGAGGGACCCAGGCUGCGCGCAUUUGGGCCGGAGAGCCAGGACGAGCCCGAAGCCCCGCACGCGGCCAAGCUCGGGGCGUCCCCCGCCCCUUGGCCGGGAGAACUCGAGGGGUGCAGCUUUUUGCUUUGACAGAGCGGCCCGGAGGAGGCGUGGAGAGCGGCGAGCGAGACAGCCAGCGAGCCAGGCUGAGAAAUUCGAGCCGGGAACAAAGAGGGGUCGGGCUCUGCGUGUGUGUGUCGGCUCCAGCUCCGGGCAGAAGCCUUUGGGUUCGAGGCCCCUGCUGUGACUCUCCGAGACCCCGCCGUGCCCUCCACUGCCGACUCCCUGAGCUCGCCCGCACAAACUUUAUUCUUGGCAAACUUCUCUUUCUCUUCCCCUCAUCCUCCGCCCCCACCUUCUCCUCCUCCUCCAGCAGAUUAGACGCGCCUGGAGAAGGAAAGCCGAAGCGAAAGGGAAGGAAAUAAGAAGCUCUAAAGCGGACAUCUCCAACUGGGCGUCUCUUUAUUUUUAUUUUUUUAACCUUCCAGGAAGUGGACAUUUCAUUAUCUUUUGAUUCUCCUUGCACCUCUCCGCUGGGGCAAACGGAUCCUUUCUCCCCAGCUCUCCUCUUUCCUCGGAAAACCAACUCCAAACUCGGCAUCCGGGGAAGCUAGGGUGGAGAGGUUUGCGUAGACACCCGCCCGACGGACCCUGCCCUGGACUUUGGAGAGUUGUGCCUCUUCCAGAGCCGGAGUACUCAGCGCGGGUCUGCUGGAGGCGUGGGGUGGCCGCGGGAGCAGCGGAGCCUAGAACGCGCCACGCCGCGCCGCGCCGCGGUCCCCAGAGGCGCCGGCUGCGUCGGCCCUCGCAGCCCGGUGCCCUUCAGCCUCCGGAGCGGGCACCGUCGUCGGUCUCAGCGGAGCGGGAAGGCGCGGGCGGCAGCCGGUGCUCGGGCGCCGCCGCAGCUGCUCCUCCUGCGGGCCGCCGGCCCCUCGCUCGCUGGCCCCGCUUCCGUCCACACUCUUACCUCUCGCAUCCUUCCAAUUCUAUCCCCUCCCACUUUCGUUGACUCCCUUUCUUCCUGCUGUCGCCUCGGGUGCUCCCCCUGCACAGCGGAGAUUACAGAGUGGUCGGGAUGCCCCAACUCUCCGGGGCAGGCGGCGGCGGGGGGGACCCGGAACUCUGCGCUACGGACGAGAUGAUCCCCUUCAAGGACGAGGGCGAUCCCCAGAAGGAGAAGAUCUUCGCCGAGAUCAGUCACCCCGAAGAGGAAGGCGAUUUAGCCGACAUCAAGUCGUCCUUGGUGAACGAGUCCGAAAUCAUCCCAGCCAGCAACGGACACGAGGUGGCCAGACAAGCACAAACCUCGCAGGAGUCCUACCAUGACAAGGCCAGAGAACACCCUGAUGACGGAAAGCAUCCAGACGGAGGCCUCUACAACAAGGGACCCUCCUACUCGAGUUAUUCCGGGUACAUAAUGAUGCCAAAUAUGAAUAAUGACCCAUACAUGUCAAAUGGAUCUCUCUCUCCACCCAUUCCGAGAACAUCAAAUAAAGUGCCCGUGGUGCAGCCAUCCCAUGCGGUUCACCCCCUCACCCCCCUCAUCACUUACAGCGACGAGCACUUUUCUCCAGGAUCACACCCGUCACACAUCCCAUCAGAUGUCAACUCCAAGCAAGGCAUGUCCAGACAUCCUCCCGCUCCUGAGAUCCCUACCUUUUACCCACUGUCUCCGGGUGGCGUUGGACAGAUUACCCCCCCUCUUGGCUGGCAAGGUCAGCCUGUAUAUCCCAUCACGGGAGGAUUCAGGCAACCCUACCCAUCCUCACUGUCAGUCGACACUUCCAUGUCCAGGUUUUCCCAUCACAUGAUUCCUGGUCCUCCUGGUCCCCACACAACUGGCAUCCCUCAUCCAGCCAUUGUAACGCCUCAGGUCAAACAGGAGCACCCCCACGCUGACGGGGACCUGAUGCACGUGAAGCCUCAGCAUGAACAGAGAAAGGAGCAGGAGCCCAAAAGACCUCACAUUAAGAAGCCUCUGAAUGCUUUUAUGUUAUACAUGAAAGAAAUGAGAGCAAAUGUCGUGGCCGAGUGUACUCUGAAAGAAAGUGCAGCUAUCAACCAGAUUCUAGGCAGAAGGUGGCAUGCCCUCUCCCGCGAAGAGCAGGCUAAGUAUUAUGAAUUAGCGCGGAAGGAAAGACAGCUCCAUAUGCAGCUUUAUCCAGGCUGGUCUGCGAGAGACAAUUAUGGUAAGAAAAAGAAGAGGAAGAGAGAGAAACUGCAGGAAUCCACAUCAGGUACAGGUCCGAGAAUGACAGCGGCCUACAUCUGAAACAUGGUGGAAAACGAAGCUCAUUCCCAACGUGCAAAGCCAAGGCGGCGGCCCCGGGACCUCUGCUGGAGAUGGAAGCUUGUUGAAACCCAGACUGUCUCCACGGCCUGCCCAGGCGACCCCAAAGGAGAACUGACACCAACUUCACCCUGAGGUCACUGCUAGAGACACUGAUCCAUAAAGACAAUCACUGCCGAACCCCCUUUCAUCUACUGCAAGAGCCGAGUUCCAAAAUCAAGCGUAAAAGGUUUUUAAAAGAAAAUUAAAAAGCACAUGAGAAUGCUAGCAGGCCCCGGGCCAGCUGAGCAGCUUCCCCCUUCACGUCCGCCGUGCACUUCCCAGAGCGUCUUGCAUCCAUACCUGUAACCUCUUGGCAAGGACAGUGACCCGGCUGCCCUCUGGGGCCAGGAGCGCCUGGAGCCGCAGCCAGCGCGUCCAUCAGCGCCCGGCGGGGAUGUGGCAGAGUUCCCUUUUCCUUUGUCUGCGCUUUUCUUCCUUUCUCCCGAAGCUUUUAUUUAACAGUGCAAAAGGAUCGAUCUUACGUUGGCUUCUCUUUUUCUUUUUUAAACUUGAAUUUUUUUUUUUUAAUUUACACUUUUUAGUUUUAUGUUUCUUGUAUAUUUUGCUAGCUAUGAGCUUUUAAGUAAGAUUCAAAGAUCUGGAAAAGUUUGAGAUAAAAAUGAGCAGUAAAGAAGCCACCUUUGGAGCAGCAUCUUGCCCAGGAAGUGGCUUCUCUGUGAACGACCUGUAACAAACAGUGGCCCCUCUGUCCUCGGAAGGGUUCGAUAGAGCCGAUAAGUACGCGUGACAGCCGAAUCCACGCUGUUGGUAGCAGUUGGCAGUGCUGUUUCAUUUUGUUUUCUCCUGAUCUCUUCUUUUUUUUCCCCAAGUGGUAAACCCAGAUACUUUGAGUAGACCCGUUUGCAGUGGGUCUUCACUGCGUCCCUCCCCCCCUUCUUGUAAAAAGCCCAGCACUUGAAUUGUUAUUACUUUAAAUGUUCUGUAUUUGUAUCUGUUUUUAUUAGCCAAUUAGUGGGAUUUUAUGCCAGUUGUUAAAAUGAUCAUUGAUGUACCCAUUUUUUUUUUUUUUAAAUAAGGCACAGCCUUUGCCCAAAACUGUCAUCUAACGUUUGUCAUUCCAGUUUGAGUUAACGUGCUGAGCAUUUUUUAAAAGAAGCUUUGUAAUAAAACAUUUUUUAAAAGUGUAAU